AUGGCAUUCAGAAUUUCAUCUGGUGACUUUCAGCUUGAUGACUACCAUAAUUAAGAUGAUGGAUUAGUAAUAUUUACUUGGAUUAUAUGGCUAAUUGCAGUUAUGAUUCUAAAUAUAAUUUUUAUGAAUUUUAUCAUUGCUGUGAUAUCUGAAUCUUAUGAAAGAGUAAUGCAGAAAUUAGUUGCUGAAUCAUUUAGAGUUAAAGCAAAUAUGAUUGUUGAGAGAGAAUAGUUAUUCAAUGAAGAUGAUUUGAAAAGUAUAAAUAUUUCCCAAAUUUUAUUGUUAUCAGAAGACCAUUAAACACAGAGCUUAAUAAAUUGGAGUAGACUUCUAAGUCUUACCAUUCAUUUAAAAAAUACCAACCAUUUUUCACCAUCCAUUUUAAUCUUCAUGGGUAUUUAAGGGGCUCGAUUAUUUUAAUUUUAUCAUUUUAUUUUUGGGGUAAAAAUUGCAAAGAAGAACGAUGGGAGUAUAGAGGUGGAGGGAGUAGAAAGAAAGCAAUUUGGCAUGAUUAUGUGGAAGUUGAAAUUAGUAGUGGAGGAAGUUAAGUAUUGUAGUAGAGGAAUGAGAGCAGCUAGAAUAAGAAAUCAGCACAACUUGAGAAGAAAUCCUGAAGAGGGAGGGCUGAAUCCGAACUCUGAGGAGGGAUAGUUCAAGUAUAAAUCAGCAAAUUUAUUGAAAAAUCUAAGGCGAUUCUCCAUAGCAUUUUAUAGCAUAUUAGAAUAGUGCAGAUAAAUUAUUUUAGAAUAGACUGAGACAUGUUCCAAAUCCAGAUAUAAACUUUAAGUAUUUAUCCACAUUAUCUUACAGCUCUUUAAUGAUUUUUUCAGUACUCCAACUUAUGAUUUCUCUAUAAUCAUUUAUAUCUUAAUCAGUAAUGUCUACUUAGAAAUAUCCAACCAUUUUUUACUGAGGUAAGUAUUAGGAAAAUAUUAGCACCUACUCCCUUCACCUCAAACAUCAAGACCAUUACUGCAUGAAAAUUUCGCAAACGGUAUUCGGUACCAAUUUAGAUACGAAUAAUGA